GAAGGCGGCGCCGCCCGCCGGCUGCGGAUGCAGCGAGCCAGUGUCCCCCGCCUGUUCUUUAGGGCCCUCUGAGGGAAAGAGGGCGAGCAUUGUGCGACCUCGCUGCGUGUCUGUUCCCCACUCAGGGCCCCUCUCUCCCCCAGAAGCCCCGCGUGGGCUGCGCGCGCCACCCCACGUGUUGGCUCCCCGGAGCUCGCCGGCCGUUUAGCCUCCUCAGCCCCUGCCCUGUCGCCCUGCCACCGGAGCGGUGACUCCCGGUCCGCCGUUCCUCCGCUGCCGGCACCAUGGGUAGUGAGCAGAGCUCCGAGGCCGAGAGCCGACCCAACGAUCUGAACUCCUCAGUGACUCCUUCUCCAGCCAAGCAUAGAGCCAAGAUGGAUGAUAUUGUGGUUGUAGCUCAGGGCUCUCAAGCCUCACGGAACGUCAGCAAUGAUCCAGACGUCAUCAAGUUGCAAGAGAUUCCAACCUUCCAGCCCCUUUUGAAAGGGCUGUUGAGUGGCCAGACAUCCCCCACAAAUACCAAAUUGGAGAAACUGGAUUCUCAGCAGGUGUUGCAGCUCUGCCUCCGGUACCAGGAUCACCUGCACCAGUGUGCGGAGGCAGUAGCUUUUGAUCAGAAUGCUUUGAUUAAACGAAUAAAGGAGAUGGACCUGUCUGUAGAAACCCUCUUUAGCUUCAUGCAGGAGCGCCAGAAAAGAUAUGCCAAAUACGCCGAGCAGAUCCAGAAAGUCAACGAGAUGUCCGCCAUCCUGCGCCGCAUCCAGAUGGGCAUCGACCAGACGGUGCCCCUCAUGGAGCGGCUCAACAGCCUGCUGCCCGAGGGCGAGCGCCUGGAGCCCUUCAGCAUGAAGCCCGAGCGGGAGCUCAGGCUGUAAGAUUCCCCUUCCGCAAAGGCCGAAGGCCGAGGAGUGGCUGGUACGGAGGACGCGUGCUGAGCCUGGUCCCAAGCCCGGUCCCGUGGUGCGGCCUGAGUGCGGCUCCAGGUCUUCCCCACAGCACAGGGAGCCGCCGGCCACGGGACCUGAUGGCCACCAUCGCCUCAGCACACUGGGCUUGGUGGUAACCGAAACUGGAACGUCUGGCGAUGAGGGGUUCUUUAAAGAACCCUGCGUUGACAGUUCUCUGUAUUUUGCUCACAUGUUUUUAAAUUGCGUGUGUAUAUAGUCUUAGGUACUGGGGUGAAAAUGUGGAGAGAAGGGAAAACAUUUUAAUAGCUGUGUUCUUGGUGUCCUUGUGAAGUUUUACUCGGGCUCCCUGGGUUAUGAGUUGUAGACAUAAAAAGCUAACUGAAUGCAA